CUGUGACAUGUUUUUGUAUUGGUUGUUUCGUUGUCGAGCGAGGCUGUUGGUUAUAAAAAGCAGGUCUACCGCCAGGUAGCUAGAGCAUCUCGACUUAUAAUGACUAUCUAUCCAUCUAUCACCAAGUCUCCUUCCUUUUGACAUCACAAGAAAUCAAAGUUGAACCAAACACAAUCUUUGGUGUUUUGAGUUACCGUUACUAGAAUCGAUCUCGGAAAUUUCUCUCAACCACAAAAAUGGCUACCGCUGAUACCGUCGACCUUGGAGAGGUGCACCCUCCCAAGCAAGAGUCUAUCAAGCUCUUUGAGGAGAUCGAGAAGGAGCUCAAGCACGAGCUCAUCAAGCUCCGACAUAUGCAUGACAAGCACGAACCAGAGUACUUUGCGGCGGUAAAGGACCUCAGCGACAAGGAGCUCACAUCCUUCACGGUCGACGACUUCCUGCAGGUCCGGGUCGCGGUGGCGAGCUACGGCAUCAUCCUAUUUGGCAAGCUCCGCAUCCCGACCAUGCCGGCCGACGGCCCGGCGUACGUCCACUUCCGGGCGUUUUCGACGGGGCCAGACGACCCGCCCAAGUUCCACAGCUUCCUCACCGAGAUGAAGGAGGAGCAGGGCGGUGGGAAGACGUUUAGGGCCAUCUUUACCGACAAGGACGAGCUCGAGUGGUUCGACAACUGAAAUGAGACAAGGGAGAGGAGAGAGGCAUGAUGAGCUUUGUGAUACCAUACUUAAUACAACAUCUAAGGAUUAAAGUACAUUUGUCGGUGGGCUUUUUUUUUUUUUUUUUUUUUUUUUGUGUAUGCAAUGAAAGUUAUAUUUGCAUGUGGUACUUGGCGGCAUUUGUGUUCCU